GUCGCAUUUUCUAAGUUCGCUUGCUAAUUUGUAAGAACAUUUUCAAGGAAAAGAAAAGUUUUUUGAAUUAAGAAAAAUAUAAAAAAAAUAAAGAUUUCUAGAUCGUAUAAGGACUGACUAUAAGUGAAACAUUAAGUGAAAAAAAAAUAUUAUUUUAAAAAAUUCUAGAAAUAAAGCAGAGAAAAAAAGAUGAAAGAAAUUUAUAAGGCAUAGAAAGAAAGAUUGUGUAAUAGUUCAAGUGCUCAAGUGAAUCACACAAAAAAAAAUAAAAUAAAUUGUUAUUUAUGGAAUAAAAAAAAAAGAGAAUCAAACAUAAAAAAUGCCGAAAAUAUUUUUGAUCAAGGAUCGCUUGCAUCAGCAGCAACUUCGCUUACAAGAAUCACAAAAUUUGAUUCAAUCAAAAAGUUCUGAAUUAAAUAUCGAAGAAAAUAAUUCACAGCAGAGAGUUGGUGACAAAGAGCCUCUCUCACUUGUCUCAAAGAAACGGAUUAACGACCAACAUUCAGCCAACGACUUGAGGAGAAAUGAUUCUGAAGACAUAUUUGGAGAGACAACAAGAUGUAGUAUUGAUCAAGCACCACGUCGCUUCAGGUCAUCACUACUUGGAAUUGAUAUUCCAUAUGGAUCACAAAGAUCUGUUCUUACACAAGCACAACGCAAAGUGUAUCCACCAUCACCUCCAACAUUAAUAUGCGGUAGCCCAAGUGAUUUAACAAAAAUAACAGCACCAACAAAUAAUGGCGAGGACAUUAUUAAGGAACCGCCACAAAUUUUACCAGAACCUAAUCUCAUAAAUUUAACAACACAGAAAAAGGCUGAGGAGCCACAAAAUGAAGAAACACAAGAACCAGUAGUGGUGAGAUGCUCAGUCAUUCAACGCGUUCCAUCAACUCCAUCUUCAAGCUCAUCACAUCCCACAACACCUUCACCGCCCAUCACAGAACCAACAGCGACAAUUUUACAUCACAAAAAUGAUGAUCGACCACAACACAAUUCACAUCUUCCAAUUAUGAUGAGACAUCGACAUCCAGCAUCAAUUCAUCAACAUCGAUUACAUCAGACAAUGUCACCAUUUGUUCUACCUGAACAAGAGCAUCCAAUCGAUUAUCAUGUACCAAAAAAACGUGACUUGGUUUCACCAAUUAAACGAAAAGACCUGAUUGGUAGUGAAGAGGAAGAAGAUAAGAAGAUUAAGAGAUUUGAUGUGAUGGAAGAGCGCGAGAAGCGAAUGCAUGAUGCAAAGCGAGUCAUUUUCCAACGAGCAUUGCUUCAACGUAUUCGUAGAUUACCGCCAGGAAGUCCAAUGAUACGACAAUUGGCUGGAAUUAUUUAUGCAGCUGCAGGACAUGGUCGAUCAUCAUCAUCAAAUAAUGGUGGUGGACAAGCGAAUGGAUCAAAUGGAGCUGCCUCAAAUGGCUCGUCUGGCGGUUCAAUAAAUUUUUCUGGUGCAUCAGCAGGAUGUGGUAGCGGGGCUGCAGGUGGCGCAAGUGGUGCUGGAGGAAAUGGUCGUGAUAAUAAUCGAUCAAAUUAUGGUCCGAAUAGUCCACCAACAGGUUCAUUGCCACCAUUUUACGAGAGUUUAAAAGGCGGCGCAAAUGGAGGUCUUAAUGCAUAUAAUGCACAAAAUGGAAUGAAUGCAAACUCAUUCAAUAAUUACUUACUUAAUCCAUCACUCACUCAAAUGGAUUGUGUUGAUGCAAAUGGCGAUCUGACAAAUCUCAAUGGAUAUCCGAAUAGUCCACAAGAUGCCGACACAAAACAAUACUCCGUACUUCAAAAUGCAUACUUACAAAAUGGAAUGAUUCUUAAAGAUGAGAUUGAUUUGGACUAUGAUGGAAAGAUUGAUACAUUGUCGUUGAAUGGAAACUUAUUGCAAAAUUAUGGUGAUGCAUAUAGUGACUCAAUGAUGGUUGACUUAUCGAAUGCAGUCGAUCCAUUACAAUUAACAGCAACAUUGACAUUCUCAUCACCCAAUGAUCAUGCUUUACUUGAAAGCUUAACUGAUGCUGUAGACUUAUCGCAAUUCUUACAAAGAUUACCGACUGAAGACGAUCAGUGCAAUGAACUCGAAUUAUCAUCAGCAUCAUCACUUACGCCUGACUCAAAUGGCGAUCAUCAUCAUCAUCAUCACCAUCAUCAUCACAAUAAUAAUUUGGACUCAUUUCAAGAUCAGUUGAUUGGUGGACGUAAUAACGGAUUCCAAAAUAGUCGUCAAUUAUUUUAUAAAUCCUCACCACCAUCAUCAUCAUCAUCUGUCUAUGAGCUUCCACCACCUUAUCAGACAACGACAAGAGAACACAAUGGAAAUCUUCAUAAUUCAAUGCUACAACAGCAACAGCAUGUGCAAAAUAAUGGAUUCGAUCUUGAUUCGCACAGUAGCAAUUUGUCACUUCCAUCACCCAGUACAUCACAUUAUGAUCCAACACACUCGCCACAACAGAAUCAUCAUAAUAUGAAUGGUAGUGAUAUGCAGUCAUUACAAUCAUCAUCCGGAACUCCAUCACCACCAAAUGCAAUCUCAACAAUCCAAAAUGUAAGUAAAUCGUUAAAGUUUAAUCGUCGGUUAUCAGCAGCUGCAAAAUUGAGUAGUUUACUUACGGUCUCAACGGUUCCGGAAUCACCGCUAGUUGCGGAUACUAAAGUUAAUGUCCUAAGUCAACGGUUGGGACUUCCAGCUGAAGUGCAAUUGGAAUUUGUCAACGGUGGUCAUGGAAUUAAAAAUCCAUUGGCAAUUGAAAACAUUCCCGGACGUUUACGAGAAGAGGAAGCUCCACCAAUUAAGAAGACACCGUCCGUAACGCCAGUUUCCGAUGACGGAGAAGGAAAGUUUAUGUGUCGCAUUUGCUCAAAGCAUUUUACAUUACAACGAUUAUUAAACCGACAUAUGAAAUGUCACUCGGAUAUUAAGAGAUACUUGUGUACAUUCUGCGGAAAGGGAUUUAAUGACACAUUUGAUUUGAAACGACAUACAAGAACUCACACCGGCGUUCGUCCCUACAAGUGCAAUUUAUGUGAAAAGUCAUUCACACAGAGAUGUUCGCUUGAAUCUCACUGCUUGAAAGUUCAUGGUGUUCAGCAUCAGUAUGCCUAUAAGGAACGACGCACGAAGAUGUACGUUUGUGAAGAAUGCGGACACACAACAAAUGAACCAGAAGUUCAUUAUAUUCAUCUUAAAGAUAAGCAUCCUUACUCACCAGCACUGCUAAAAUUUUACGAUAAGCGUCACUUUAAGUUUACAAACUCAACAUUCGCUAACAACCUCCUCGGAUCAUUCCCAAUGCCUGUUCAAAACUGAGCUGAUCUUCCUUCUACAAACAAAAAAAAAACUUAAUUUAUAAUAAAAAAUUUCAUCAGGAUCUUCCAAAAAAAAAAACAUUCUCCUUGCUUUUCGUGUAUACUUUAAUUAUGAUUAUGUUACUCGCAAUCAAUACUAGAAAUAUUAUCUUUUUUUUAACAUGAGAAAAAAGAAAUAAUUUUGAGACUCUGAAAGAGAGAUUUUUGCAUUUAAUAGUAUAGAAUUGCUUUUUCUCAAAUAUAUUAAUUUAAUAUUAAUAAUUUUUUUUUUAUUCUCCAAAAAAGGCUGAUUCAACCAAUUUUUUUAUUAUCAUUUAGAAAUUUAAAAAUUUUAUAAACUCAGCUAUAAAUUAUCCUGUAAGAUGAAGCUUUUUUUUGGGAAGAUUUGUGGUUUGUUUUGAAAGUUUUGGAUGGAUGUGAUGACUUUAAUGCUUA